GCCUCCAUUUGGCGCAAGAGUGAAAUUACGAAACACCCCGUCUUUCAUUCUUUCUUCGCUCAUAUCGAGCCGCUCCAAACCUGGACACGGACCAGGGCUCCGUUUCUCUGAGCCAAUCGUUCCCGGGUGGGCGUGUCCCCCCCCCCACCCCACCCGGCUGGAGUAAAUAGAGCGGCGGCGCGGCGGCGGCGCGGACGCAGAUGACAGUUGCGCGAGAUCCACAGCGGCUGCCGCUUCCUCUGCGCCACAACGCACGGCAGUGACGGAUGACAGCGUGGUCCCGGUCCCGGUCCAGAUCUGCUCUUCUCCCGAGCCCGCACUUUUGAAAAAGGCGACAGGACGGCUCUUCCGUUUGGCAGACUUCCUACAGGUGGCUUUGGUCCCCUCCCACUUUGAAGUUGUCCCUCCCCGGUCCAAGAACCCCUCUGGAGCGCGCCUGGAUGCCGAGACUAAGGAAACCUUUGAAGAUCUUGGUGGGAAGUCAGUCAAGUUUUGGACAGUGUGAGAUGAAGACAUGUGUUAUGUUCCUGGUAGCUCUGCUGCUGCCAAGUAUUCAGGCAGUUUGCCCGGAUAAGGAGCCGGGACUGCAGCCAUGGAACCCAGGCCACAGCGAAGACCACCGCGUCACCAUCGGCUACGGCAGGAAGGUCCUCCUCACUUCUUCAGCCACCGUCCACUCCAUUGAAAUCCACAGGGGAGGAAAGCUUGUGAUUGGUGAUACAAACCGGUCCAUCCUGCUGCGUGCAAAACAUAUCCACAUUGGGAACAAGGGAGAGCUGCACAUCGGGAGCCGAGAUUGCCCUUACAAAGGCAACCUCACCAUUUCUUUAUUUGGCAGAUCUAAUGACACUGACACGGAGCACGGCUAUUUUGGACGGAAGUUUAUCGGCGUGGGGACGGGGGGGACCCUGGAGAUCCAUGGAGAGAAGAAGCUGUCUUGGACCUUCCUCAACAAGACCCUCCACCCUGGGGAGAGUAAUGAGAACAUCUACCUGUUCCAGAGGGGCUGGGGCAACCGGGGCAUCAUCGUCCACGUCAUCGACCCCAAGACUGGGAAGGUGCUCCACAAUGACAGAUUCGACACAUACCGUAGUAAGGACGAGAGUCGUCGCCUGGCCCAGUAUGUGGAUGCGGUGGAGCCGGGGCUCAUCUUGGCCCUGGUGGUCAAUGACGAGGGCUCCAACAACCUGGAGGACACAGCCAAGAAGAGCCUGUCCGAGCUGGGCAGUCAGCACAUUGACCGGCUGGGAUUUCGGCACCCCUGGACUUUCACUGUGGUGAAGGGCAACACGUCCUCUGCUGUGGAGGACCACGCGGUCUAUCAAGGCACCAAGGCUUCCUCUGAGGCCCGAAGCUCUCACUCCUUUCAGUCAGGAUAUGGGCAACGUUUCACUGUUACUACCAGCAGCCAGUGGGUGCAAGAGGCAGAGUGGACAGAAUGGUUUGACAGGGACAACGAGAAGGGAUCUGGAGACUGGGAGAAACUGGCAGAGCUGCACAAGGCCUACAGUGACCGCCUCUGUAGCGCUCCACUCGACAUCCAGGCCGAGACCCUCGAUGGAGUCCCGUCCAACCUGACCGGGGACGUGAUCCACAGGAACGAUAAGACCUACGGCUUCGUCUGCCUCAACAAGGACCAGCUCCAUGGACUCUGCCACAACUACAGAGUCCGCUUCCUGUGUGGCAAACUGGUGCGCCCGCAGGCCUCCGUCUCCAUCGACGUGCUGUCCAACAGCAGCAUCCUGGAGCUGGCUGACCAAGCUGAGGGCUGGGGGCCCGGGGACCGGGUGGUGGUGGCCAGCACUGACUACUCCAUGCACCAGACGGAGGAGUUCACCCUUCUGCCCUGCCCCAUCUGCUCACCCAGCCAGGUGAAAGUUCAAGGUAAAGCGGAGUUCAUCCACAUAGGCGAGGAGGUGGAUGGCGUGGACAUGAGAGCGGAGGUGGGUCUGCUGAGUCGUAACAUCCUGCUGCGGGGUGAGAUGGAGCCGAGCUGCUACGACAACGAAGCCUGCAGGUUCUUUGACUUCGACACCUUCGGUGGACACGUGAAGGUGGAGCGGGGCUUCAGGGCGGUGCAUAUGUCCGGGGUGGAGCUCCAGCACAUGGGCCAGCAGUCGAUGGGCCACUACCCGGUCCAUUUCCACGUAAACGGAGAUGUGGACGAGCGGGGCGGCUACAACCCUCCCACUUACAUCAGCGAUCUAUCCAUCCACCAUUCCUUCUCCCGCUGUGUCACCAUCCACGGAUCGAACGGGCUCCUGGUCAAGGACGUGGUCGGCUAUAACGUGCUGGGCCACUGCUUCUUCACGGAGGACGGCCCCGAGGAGAGGAACACCUUCGACCACUGUCUGGGCCUGAUGGUCCGAGCCGGGACCCUGCUGCCCUCAGACCGAGACAGCAAGAUGUGUCGUGACAUCACCGAAGGAACCUACCCCGGAUACGUUCCCAACCCGCGCCAGGACUGCAGUGCAACCUCCACGUUCUGGAUUGCCAACCCCAACAACAACCUCAUCAACUGUGCAGCUGCAGGGUCAGAGGAAACGGGUUUCUGGUUCAUUUUCCACCAUGUGCCGACAGGUCCGUCUGAGGGCAUGUAUGCCCCGGGGCGCACCGAGCACACACCUAUGGGCCAGUUCAUCAACAACAGAGCCCACUCCAACUACAGGGCUGGAAUGAUCCUUGACAAUGGCGUAAAAACCACCAAGGCAAAUGACAAGGACAAGAGACCCUUCCUCUCUCUGGUGGGAGCCAGGUAUGGCCCCCACCAAGAUGCAGACCCCUUCAAGCCCAGAGUUCCUGCUCUCAUCCACCAUUUUGUAGCCUAUAAGAACCAGGACCACGGUGCCUGGCUGAGAGGAGGUGAUGUUUGGCUGGAUGACUGCCAGUUUGCUGAUAACGGCAUUGGCCUGACUCUGGCGAGUGGGGGGACAUUUCCAGAUGAUGAUGGGUCUCGUCAGGAGGUGAAGAAUUCCCUCUUUGUGGGGGAGAGUGACAACCGAGGGAUGCCCGUCCCCGAUAACCGCAUCUGGGGACCCGGCGGAGCGGACUUCAACACAAGGACCCUGCCCCGUGGCAUUGAUUUCCCAAUUCGCGGCAUGCAGAUAUAUGACGGUCCCAUAAACGUGAAGAACUGUACGUUUCGCAAAUACGUGGCCCUGGAUGGACGGCACACCAGCGCCUUCGGCUUCAGGCUCAACAACUCCUGGCAGAGCUGCCCCAACAACAACGUCAGAGACAUCACCUUCGACAACGUGCCCAUCACGUCUCGGGUCUUCUUUGGGGAGCCCGGCCCCUGGUUUAACAAGAUGCAGAUGGACGGGGACAAGACCACCAUCUUUCACGAUGUGGACGGCUCGAUCAGCGAAUACCCCGGAGCCUUCCUGGUCAAAGAGGACAACUGGCUCCUGCGCCACCCUGACUGCAUCGACGUGCCCGACUGGAGGGGCGCCAUCUGCAGCGGCCGCUACGCACAGAUUUACGUCCAGACACGUAAUCCUGCCAACCUGACUAUGCGUAUGGUGAAGGAUGAGUACCCUGACCGGCCGUUAACAUUAGAGGGCGCUUUAGGGAAGAGGAAACACUACCAGCAGUUCCAGCCAGUGGUCACCUUGGCCAAGAGCUAUACGAUCCACUGGGACCAGGUGUCGCCAGCCGAGGUCACGAUCUGGCUCAUCAAUUUCAACAAAAAUGACUGGAUCAAUGUGGGCAUCUGCUAUCCACAUGGAACCACCUUCACCAUCAUCUCGGACGUCCACAACCGACUGACCAAACAGACCCGCAAAACCGGCGUGUUCAUGAGGACAGCACAAAAGGAGAAGAUCACCCACUCCCACCUGACCAGAGGCUAUUACUACCUGGAGGAAGAUACUGGCUUGUUGUUUCUGAAGGUGAAAGCCCAUAACAACAGGGAGGAGUUCGCCUUCUGCUCCGUCAAGGGUUGCGAGAGGGUCAAGAUCACAGCGGUCAUCCCUAAAGGCAGUCCCCCAAGUGACUGUAUGGCACAGGCCUAUCCCAGACAUGCCGAGAUGCCCAUUGUAGAUGUACCCAUGCCAAGGAAGCUGCCCGAUGUCAAACCGCUCGCACAACACUUCCUGGAGGUCAGACUGGAGUCUUACAGCACACGAUUUUUCCACAUCAAGGAGGACUUCUCUUACACAGAGGUGAACAACAAGAAAUUGUACCAACCAGAAGACGGCGUGCAGCUGACCAUAGUCGAUGGGCAUGAUGGGAUGGUGGUGGAAAGCAAAAGUUUCAGGAACUCUAUACUCCGGGGCAUCCCAGCACAGAUAGACAGCUACGUCACUGGACUGAGAGAGGGGUCCAUUGUGAUGAUGACAUCUAAGGGCCGUCUGGUGACUAGAGGACCGUGGACCAAAGUCUUGGAAAGACUUGGUUCAGGAAAAAGUGUCAAACUUAAAGAUAAGAUGGUCUUUGUGGGCUUCAAAGGGUCAUUUGUUCCUGACUGGGUCCAUCUGGAGGUGGAUGAUGACAGGGCAAAAAUCCACCAAGUCCUGCCCAUCCCUGUCAUCCAGAAGACGAAGCUAUGAUACCUUGCCCUAACCACACACAGACACACAGACACGCACACGCACACACACACACACACACACACACACGCACACGGCACUGCCAGCACCACAGAGUCGAUUUCGGCCAAGCCAUUAGUCCAGGAUCAAGUGAUCUUCUCGGACAGGUGGUGAAAAUGUUCAGAUUUGGUGUACGUUUUCGGGAAGUCUUUAGCACAAGCCACCACUGCCCAACACGACCUCCACCUGUACGAGGCUCACCGGUCUGCGCUGACAGACGAGAGAGAGAAGACUGCAGGGUUUGGGUCGGCUAAUCAAAUGCAUGCAUAUCCGCCAACAAACACCCUCGCCGUUGCAGGUUUCUGUGUUUUGUGACACGUGUUGAAUGGUUGAACUGUACUGCUUGUUUGACUAAACUUGACUUUUAAAGAGGAAGAAAAAAAAGAAAAAAAAAGCGAAGAAACAUUCCUUCCGUCAUGUCCUGCCCAGUGGUGUGAACCUGCUCCGUUUCAUUCCCCACGGAAGUGCGUCCCUGCGCUCGGAGCCCUCGCCGACUUGAUGUUGUGAUGUUUCCUCCCAUAUUUGUUUCAUAUCCGUGUUUGUGUGUCAUCUGUUUGUGUUUGGAUUGUACCAGCAAGACGCCCAUCACAGAAACAAAAGACUGGCUAAUGAGAAAAAGAACAACAAAAAUCCCUUGAAUGUAAAAAGCAUAAGGCCAUUUUUUUUUUUUGAUUGUGCAAUUUACCCCUCUCCAAAAAUCAGAAAUAUUUCCUGAAAUCUGGCAAAAAAAGGAAACUUUCCCUUUGCCGAAAUAGCUGGUCUUUUUUCGGAGGUUGUAGCGGUUACUGUUUUCUAUGUUUAAUGUGUUUUUAAGAAUCCUCAGAUUGAUAACAGAGAUAUAUUUUAUACUUAUUUAUUGUACAAACACAAUUGUUCAAACUAUAGAAGGGACAUCUUUUGAGUUGUAUGUAUUGCUGUCAUACUGUAUGUAAAAACAAACAAACGUAUAGCUUCAUUUCCAAAUAAUUUUAACGCACACACACACACACACACUCACACACACGCGCACUCUGCAUACAAGUACAUGGUCCUUGGUUAAAAGUUGUUUCAACCAUACACCAAAUGGAUGUGUUGUAUAUGUGACUUUGGACUUGUAAAGUGAUGAAAUGCCAUGACUUCAUCUCUGAAGACUUUUGUACAGAAAUAAAUGACAAAUGAGUAAAAGAA